AUGAACCCAGAACAGAAAUCUGCUUCAAUGUCUAAUGCCACAUUUGUUCGUCCUGCACAAUUUUAUAUCAGUGGAUUUUCCAAUGUCCCUCAUGCUGAGUAUUUCUAUGUCUUCCUGUGUUUUGUCUAUAUGGUGACUUUUCUUGGGAAUGGCCUCCUCCUCUCAGUGAUUUACCUGGUCAAGACUUUUCAUACUCCUAAAUACAUGAUUGUGUUCAACCUGGCUUUUAUAGAUUUGUGUGGGAGCACUGCUUUCAUCCCAAAACUCUUGGACACAUUUUUGUUUGACAACAGAUACAUUGUCUAUGAGGCUUGUUUAAGUUACAUGUUCUUUGCUGUGUUCUUCACACAUGUGCAGUCAUGGACACUUGUGAUUAUGGCAUAUGACAGAUUUAUAGCCAUUUGUUUCCCUUUAAGGUACCAUAAUCUUGUGACUAAAAGAGCUAUUGCUGCAAUGCUGCUGUUUGCAUGGGGUUUUGUGGUGACUCUUAGAGCAAGUGCUGUUGGGCUAAUCGAUCGCCUUUCCUUCUGUGAUUCUGUAGUGAUACAGAGUUUUUUCUGCGAUUAUGGACCAACAUAUCGUCUGGCCUGUAAUGAUGCAUCUUUAAAUUCCAUAAUGGCAAAACUUGCUAUAGCUGUAAUCAUGUGUCUUCCUCCUAUAUUGAUAGUAUUGACAUAUAUUUGCAUUGCCAUAGCACUAAGCAGGAUUGCAUCAGGAAAGGAACGACUCAAAGCUUUUCAAACUUGUACUGCUCACAUGAUUGUUGUUGCUGUUUUUUUCCUCCCACUCCUGAGCACCAACAUAAUUGUUCAAAUUUCUUCCAUUAGCACUAAUACCAGGAUCAUAAACUCUACUCUGACUUACACCAUACCACCUUUGCUCAAUCCUAUUAUUUACUCUUUAAGGACAGAAGAAGUUUUGAGCUCUAUCAGGAAACUUUGCAAACCCAUUAGGAUGAGCAACAUCACCUUGUCCAAAAAGGUGACCUCUGUGUCACCACAUUGA